CAUGUAAAAAAUGUGUUCGUUACCAAGCGCACACACCCAUGCGUCAAGGGUAGACGACUUUGCCCACGAAGGGUGUCUCAUCGCAAACCACCGUCUCGAGGCUCCAGCUAGCUAACCAACGGUAGAUGUCGGCGCAUCCCGGCCGUGCACUGGAUCAGAUGCCUCCCUCAAAGGAGGGAACCCGCCAGGUUCCAGAGGCGAACAAGUACACUGUGAGGCACGCUUGGAGGUCCGAACACGAAUGUGUGUCUGGAAAGGACAAGGUCAAUCUAACAGUUUUGAUUUUUGGACCACUCGACGGGACGAUCUAAGACAUGAGAAUCUGCGCUUACUCUUCUGAUAUGACGUCUUCUGAUCACAUCAGCAGGACACAUGUAGCUCUCGCCUCUUCUUGGGCCGCUCUCAAUGCCUUUGCAGUAGCAUGAUUCCCACCACCACCUCUGGCCUAGUCUCUCUGCUACUUCUAACGCUCUUAUCGACAUGUACGAUCCCUGCAUUUGGGACAACAGCUAGAGCACUAGUGUAUACUGCGACUGCCGCCUUUCGACAUGAUUCAAUACCCACGGCUGUUCAAGCUCUACAAGCCAAAGGGUCGGCGGCAAAUGUCGACUUUGUGCAUACGGAGGACAAGGGUGUUUUCACCGACCAGGGUUUAGAGGGAUAUGAUGUCGUUAUUUUCCUGAGUACUACGGGAGAAGUCUUGGACGAUACAGGGAAGACCGCCUUUCAAAAUUAUCUUAACAACGGGGGAAACUUUGUCGGAAUCCACUCGGCUAGCGACACCCUUAAUACGACGGCCUUUUAUGGAAAGGAACUAGGUGCUUAUUUUGAUUAUCACCCUGAGUUACAAAAUGCCACCAUUAUUGUGUUGGACGCGUCUCAUCCCAGUACGGAGAGUCUUCCUACCGAUUGGCCGGUCCGUGAUGAAAUAUACAAUUUUAAAUCGGAUCCUAGAUCUGUGGGAGCCAUCGUUAUUCUCACAGUAGACGAAUCAAGUUAUACUGAUGGUGGAACGCGGCGUUUCGAUCAAGGAGAACCUCAUCCUAUCGCGUGGUAUCAGGAACAUGGUGCUGGUGUAACGAGCGGCGGCACUGCUGGGCGUAGUUUCUAUACGUCUCUUGGACAUCUCAAUGAGACGUGGGAGGACGAAUUGUUCAUGGGCCACAUCCUAGGUGGGAUUCAAUGGACACUACAGGCGAAUACGACGCGAGCGUUCAAUUCCAGUGCACUUGUAGGGAAUGGGGGGACGACUUCGUCUUCAUCUGCUUCUGCUUCUGCUUCUGCUUCUGCUAGCUCGACCUCUUCCGUGUCAGAGACCGCGUCGGCGUCGUCGUCCGCGGCUGUACGUUUUGCUGAGACAUCAAGUAUGACCUUUGCAGUCGUAUUGGGUGUAGCUAUUGCCAUAGCGGUGACUUGCCUCACAACUCUGCAGCUGUAGCCUUUUCCGAACACAAGACUUUUCGACUUCGGUCUGUGUGUUUUAAAAUAUCGAACAGUACAUGAACAAUAUCUACGAAAGACUGUAAGGUAUGCAAGUAGUUGAUGCUUAGCACUACAAUACGCCAUGAUUAUAAUCUAAUAGACUGUUCCCUCUAC